GUGCUUCUCUCGACCUCUCUUUCUCCCAAACAUAUUAAAAUACAUACAUACAUACACCUACACACACACACACAUAUAUAUAUAUAUAUACACACACACGCACACGCACACAGGCGCACACUCACACACACACACGCACUCGCUUUGUUUUCUUACUCCCUCCUCUAACAUCAAAUUAAGCCUGAGUCGACUUGGAAGUCAGAUGACUUAGCAUGUCAACUUCGGAAUUAGACUACGAUGUGGAGACAAUCAUGACUGGCGGAAAGAAAGGUUCACCACCCCCAAUCAUGCACCCAGAUGUUGAUGUGGCUGAGAGAGACCCAACCAACCUCAGUGGGUACAUCAAGGUUACAUUUCAAGAGAUAAUUGCGGAACCAGAACCUUCAGUAUUCUCAUUGGAUAAAGUCUGGAUACUGAGCUUCAAGGUAUUCAAUGUAACCAAAAUCUGGUGCUAUCGAAUUACGUCCACAGCUCUGGCACUGCCGAUGGCUGUGUUGUGUGGUAUCAACUUCGCCUGCAUGAGUUUUUGUAACGUAUGGGUAGUGAACCCAUUGGUACGGUGCCUGGCCAUAGAAUGUCACCUCAUCAGACAAGUAUGGGACAUGAUACUCGAAGUUGUCUUCCGGCCACUGUUCGUCACUCUCAGCGAUUGCAUCACCUCCGUAAAGAUGGCUCUCGCGGGUGAAUGACAUAAGUGGAGCGGCCAAAGAAUGGCCGCCGUUAAUGCAGAGAGCGUGAUUGACAUUCCGCGUACAGAAGAAGUCAUAGAUGCUGAGGGAAGAACCGUCGUUGAUGUGAAAACCGAUUGAAUGUGAAUGAUUUAGAAGAGAAAUACGAACGAAACAUAAUUAAACAAUGAUGUUUGUUAACUACACUCAUUUCCCUGCUCUCCAUCUUUUUCAGUUGAUGUUUGCAAUAAAAAAAACACACACCAUUGACUCCAACGAUGACUAAAAGCUUGUCUUCAUCAAUCACGUGACAUUCGCCAUAUUCAUCUUUAUCGU